UCUGACAGGCGCAUCAACUCCGAGCAGACCCGACACCAAGUCACACGGCGCACUGCACUUGGAGCACCUGCACAGCAACCACUGCACACCACAGCUGGGAUUCGCUGGGAAGAAGUGAUGUCAUCAGUGGACCUGCCCACUAGAGAGCAGUGUGAAAGCUGGAACCCCGUACAGGUGGCCAACCUCCUAACCCAGUAUGGGAUGCACGACUGCUCGGCAGCCGUGAUGAGGCUGAAGAUUGAUGGCCUGUGGUUUCUGAACCUCUCUGACAGCGAUCUCCGCCAUUUCAGCCUCCUCCAGCUACCGCAGCUUCAGAAGAUGGUGGAGGGCAUUAAGAAAAAUGACGGGAGCAUUAUGAACAGGCUGAAGAGGUUUCAGAAUGAACAAGCGGCUUUUAUACGCAAAACUGGGAAAACCACAUGGAACCGAUUAAAAAAGAAACCACCACCAAAGCUUCCCACCAGAGACUACAACGCAGAUGACAACGAGGACGGUGAUGAGUGGUCGGGAUCUGAGUUUGACAGUGAUACGUAUGAGGAUCCUCUGGAGGACCACGAUGACAGCUAUGAGCCUCCUCCAUCUGAGCAGGAGAAGAGAGUGUUCAGCCCUGCCACAGCAGCUGCCUUCCCCAGGGGAGAGUACGUAGACAGCCUCCGAAGCAGGUCCACCGACCCCCCCAGACACCCAGCGCGCCCCCCAAGAGACCACACACCUCUUCUGCCCCCCAAACGUGCCCCGCCUGAGGACAACAGCGAGGAUUACAUUGACCCAGAGGAAGGAGAAGAUGACAACUACAUUGAUCCUUCUGAGAAGCCUGCACCAGAGCGUCCAUCAGUAAAGAGUGGAUUCAAACCUGCAACAAGCCAGCCGCCAGUUCCCAGCACCAAGCUGGAACGUUCACAUAGUCCAGAUGUGUACGAAGUUCCAGAUCAAGAGGAAAAUUCAACUCCAGUGAGCAGGUCAAGUGUACGUCUAAGACCACCAGCACAACGUACGCCCCCUAGAGCUAGUCCAAGACUGCAUACCAAGAAGCCUCUUCCUGCUGCUGAACCAGUGGGGGAUGGAGAUGAGGAUGAGUAUGAAGUCUGCGAUCCUGAUGAGAGUGAAAAUGCGGAGGAGAGUUCGUCGCCUUCACUGACAGUUCCUACUCCACGCCCCAGGGCCUUGAAUAAACCAGGUGUUCCUGCAAAGCCGAGUUCUUUAUUGCCAAAAAGAGAACAUGAAGCUCGGCCAAUGGCCAUGAAGCAAAACGUCCUCAGUACCACGCCCUCAAACUCUGCCUCCGCACGAGCAAGAUCCCCCCUCCGCCAGCGGACGCCCCCCCCUCUCCAGCAGACUUCCUCCCCCAAAGCACCCGCUGAUUGUGGGGCCACGGCCAAGACCAAGAAGGGGCCCAGCACUGCAGAGGAGGAGGCCGGUGUGUAUAAGAAAUCCUGGUAUGCCAACACCUGUGAUCGGCGCUCAGCUGAAGAGGCCCUGACUCGCUCCGGCAAGGAGGGGGCAUACCUGGUCAGGAAAAGCUCCGGGCAGGACCCCAGCCAGCCUUACACAUUGGUGGUGUUCUACAACAGCAGAGUCUACAACAUCCCUAUACGCCAUGUCCCAGCCUCACGCCAGUAUGCCCUAGGACGUGAGAAGACAGGAGAGGAGCGUUUCAGCAGUGUCUGCGCUAUGAUUGAGCACCAUCAGAGAAAGGCCCUGGUGCUGAUCGACAGCCAGCACAACACCAAAGACUACACCAAGCUGCUGUUCGCUGUGAAGCCCUAGGAACAGAGUCCACUGGGCAGGCCGUGGGCGGUCGUGGGUGGCGUGGGUUUUAAAGCAAGGGUUCCAGGAGGACUACCCAUGAGCAUGGAACUCUAUCCGAUUGGUUCAGUAAAUGGGACGUCUUAUCAUACAUUCCAAAAUUGUCAUAAGCGGGGCGGGUGGCCCCAAAAAAGGAGGAUCACCAUAGCAAUUGAGUAAAAUAUUGAUGAUGUAAUGAGCUGAAAAAGGCUCUGACUAAAGCAGUGGUCCAUUGGCAUGCAGGGAGAUGCUGCUGCCGCCCUCCAAAUAACUGCCGGAUUCAAGACAGACUUCAGUUCAUAUACUUCAGUUCAUCUGGAUUUCAGGUCUUGGCCUAGUGACAUGCCCACAAGGGAGAGAAAAAAUAUUUUAUUUUUGUGUAUUGUAUUUUGCACAAGGCUAGGCCUUUUGUUGUAUUGACCAGAGAUAUGAAUACAUAUGGAGUAUGAAAAAAAUACUUGAUGCUCGUUAAGAUGUGCAUAUACAAUUUUAUAUGGUUUUAUGUAAUGCUUCUAGUAAUACAGAUUAAAAACAGUUUUGUUGAAAUGUAUCUGUCAAAGUUUGUUUUAAAAGUUCCAUUGAUUUUUUAAGAAUCAAGAUUUUGUACGAAGUAGUUUUCUGCAGUUCAUGCAAUUAAAAGCAUUUGUAAUUUGA